AUGGCACCUUAUGAGGCUUUGUAUGGGCGCAAGUGUCAAUCUCCUAUCUUUUGGGAAGAGGGCGUUGUGCGUUUUGGUAUUAAGCGGAAAUUAGUACCGAGGUUUGUUUAUCUGUAUGAGAUCAUAGAGAGUGUUGGAGCAGUUGCUUAUCGUUUGUCGUUGCCGCCAGACAUGUCUUUGAGUGUUGAGAUUGACCAAGAGAUGUCUUAUGAGGAGCAGCCUAUUGAGAUUGUCGAUACGCGGGUGCGUAAGUUGUGGAACAAGGAGAUUCUGAUGGUCAAGGUUCUGUGGCGUAAUCACUCUGUAGAAGAGUUCACCUGGGAGACGGAGUCCGACAUGAGGAGCCGUAUUCCUUUCCUCUUUCCUUGA